CGCAUUAAAGUGUGGAGAGUGGAGACCAAAACUAUCACUCGAGCGAAAGUAUAGGUACUUGUCAGGAAUUUUCCUUAAAAAGAAAUUCCACAUCGUCUCUUACUCGAUUCAUCUCUCUGGAAUUCAAUGCCGUCGUUGUUAAACAAGUCCAGUAAAUCCCCAAAACUCGCGAGCCUCCUCCCAACCACCCACAUAGACGUCCAUAAUGGAAACCCAGUUCACCGAUAGGGCCGCCGCGAAACCUUUCUCCGGCCUAUAUUCUGCUGUAGUUGACAUCGAUCAGAUGCCGGAAACUCCCCAGCGCGGGUCCCAUCACCGCCGGGCCCAGUCGGAGACUUUCUUCCGGUUCCCCGACGACAUCCUGUUCGACCCAGAUGUCGAUUUCAAUCUUGCCGCCAUGGAUUUGCCUUCGAUGUCCGAAGACAACGAUUCUCGUGGCARCGGUGCAGUUCCGAUGCCUGUUGAUUCUGGUAAAUCAGAGGAAUCCACCGGUGACAAGGGGAAGGGAAGAUUGGGGGGAGCUAGUCAUCUCAGGAGCUUGUCCAUGGACGCCGACUUUUUUGAGGGUUUAGGGUUUCAACCGUCAACGGUUGGGAUUGGCGGGGAAGGGGAGAAAUUUGGCGGGAAAGGGGUUCCAGAGAAGAGGAUGCACAGGCACAGUUAUUCAAUGGAUGGAUCGUCGUCUUCAUUUGAGGUGGAGUCCGUGGAAAGUACGAAGAAGGCGAUGGGACCAGAUAAGCUGGCCGAGCUGUCUUUGAUUGAUCCAAAAAGAGCUAAAAGGAUUCUUGCAAACAGGCAAUCUGCAGCACGGUCAAAAGAAAGGAAGAUACGUUACACCAACGAGCUAGAGAGGAAGGUGCAAACACUUCAAACAGAAGCUACCACUCUUUCAGCGCAAGUUACAAUGCUACAGAGAGACACCAAUGGUUUGACUACUGAGAACAAGGAACUCAAAUUGCGGUUGCAGGCCAUGGAGCAGCAAGCACAACUUCGUGAUGCUUUAAAUGAAGCCUUGAGAGAAGAAGUACAGAGGCUUAGGAUAGCUACUGGCCAAGUCCCGGCUGUCAAUGGCAACACUUUCAGCAGGGGACUGCCUCCGCCUUAUUUCUCCCAGUCCCAGUCUUUGAGUCAUUUUGGCAGCCAUCAGACUCCUCAGCAACAGCAACCACAGCCGCAGCAGCAGCAGCAGCUCCACACAUCUCAGCCACUUGCCAAUGGCCACACCCUGGGGGGGCAGCCACAAGAUCCUCAACAUGUUUCCAUGGACUUCCAUCGAGGGGUUUGAUAUCCAUCCAAGUGCUUAAAAUUUGUUGGCAGAGGCUCGUUUUCAUGAUGAAUUGGGAUUUGACAACUCGAAGGUAAAUUGUUCCAAUCGUGUUCUUGUAUAUACAUGUAAUAUGUAUUAUGCAUAUUUGCUGCUUGUAAGGUUGUAAAGAGUGCUUAUUCAGCAAAAGGGAAAAAGAAGAGUACUCAGAUCAAUUAGGUUCUGAUGAACCAUGUUGUAGAGCAAUUAGGUUCUGAUGAACUAUCUAAUCAAUGGAUGAUUGUAGUUUGACUUCGAACAGAGAUAUUCAUGACAUAAUUAGACUCUAUUGUUAGAAUAUGAUUAUAAAUAAAGUGUUAGUUAUUUGCUGUUUCCUUGA